CGAUCGGGCGCAUCGGCACGCGUGUGCGAGAGCAUUCGGGUAGUGAAAGGAAAAGGAGGGUAAACGACGCACGGCCGCCACCAUGUUCGACGUGUUCGGUUCCGUCAAGGGGCUGCUCAAGCUCGACUCCGUGUGCAUCGACAACAAUGUGUUCCGGCUGCACUACAAGGCCACCGUGAUCGGGCUCAUCAUCUUCUCCCUGCUGGUGACCUCGCGGCAGUACAUCGGCGACCCGAUCGACUGCAUCGUCGAUGACAUACCGCUGCACGUGAUGGACACCUACUGCUGGAUCUACUCGACCUUCACGAUCCCGCAACGGACCGGCGUCAUCGGCAAGGACGUCGUGCAUCCCGGGGUCGGCCCGCACGUAGAGGGCGUCGACGAGGUCAAAUACCACAAAUAUUAUCAGUGGGUCUGCUUCACUCUUUUCUUCCAAGCGAUCCUCUUCUACUUGCCGCGCUACCUGUGGAAAAUAUGGGAGGGCGGCAGAAUCAAGAUGCUGGUGCUGGACCUCAAUUGUCCGGUCGUCAGCGAGGACUGCAAGGGCGACCGGCGUAAGCUGCUGGUCGACUACUUCGCCAUGAAUCUGCACUCGCAGAACUUCUACGCGUACCGCUUCUUCGUGUGCGAGCUGCUCAACUUCGUCAACGUGGUCGGCCAGAUCUUUUUUAUAAACUUCUUUCUGGACGGCGAGUUCACCACGUACGGCUCCGACGUUAUCAGGUUCACCGAGAUGGAGCCCGAGGAGCGCAUCGACCCCAUGUCGAAGGUGUUCCCGAAGGUGACCAAGUGCACGUUCUAUAAGUAUGGUGCGUCCGGCUCGGUGCAGAAGUACGACGGUCUCUGCGUGCUGCCGCUCAACAUCGUCAACGAGAAGAUCUACGUGUUCCUCUGGUUCUGGUUCAUCAUCCUGUCGGUCCUGAGCGGCCUCAGCCUGCUCUACCGCGUCGCGGUGAUAGUCGGCCCGAAGCUGCGCAUGCUGCUGCUGCGGGCGCGCUCGCGUCUCUCGCCGCAGGACCAGAUCAAGAUCAUCAGCGACAAGUGCCAGAUCGGCGAUUGGUUCGUCCUCUACCAGCUCGGCAAGAACAUGGAUCCGCUCCUGUACAAGCAGCUCGUCGCCGAUCUCGCGAUCAAGCUCCAGGGCAAGGAGAACGUCUAAUGUAACGUCUAAAAUAAAAGCCCUCCAUGCCGGACGUAGGACUUCCUCACGAGGCGCCCUCAGACAAGUCCUCGGGAAGGUUCCUUCGUCCC